AAACCUGAGCGUGUCAUGAAGCCCGUCUUCAGCUAUCUCUGCGGAUCUAUCGUUGUGCUCCUCAUCUCAACGAGGCUUGCUAAUGCUGGAUCGAUAUACCCUGACACGGACGUAGUGGUCAUAUCCAACAAUGACCUGAACCCCUCGAACCCAAAUCGUGCAAGUGCGCUGUAUCUCAAGAGCGGCUUCAACUGCUCGCAGGCGUACGAGGCGUGUUCUCAGCUACAGGAGACUCUGCUUCCUGCACCUGGCAGCACAGGCUUGACUGCAGUAAACCUGUCCGCGGCGCUCGUGUCCGAGAGGCAUGGUGCUGCUUUGAGCAGAACUCAGCAGGUCUGGGUUGCUGGAGACGCCACGGACACGUGCAACGCGUUCACACCAAGCUACCAGUAUUCCGAGAUGGGGUACCAGCCUGGAGGUGCUGUCGAUCCAAACGAGUUUCUACCAGUUCUAUGCACGAAUUCUGCGCCAUUCACCCGGUCGAACGUCACAUCUUAUGACACUUCGCGCCAAAUCCAGUUGUCCACUCCUUCAGCUGGCAUUCUUACCGGCUUCAGGGACAAAUUCAGCUUUCGGUUCCUAGGCAUUAAGUACGCAGAGUCAACUGCAGGCCAAGACAGAUUCCAGCCUCCCACCGCAGUCCAAAUCGAGUCAGGCACUGAGCGAUCGGCUCUCGUUUAUGGUGCAAAGUGUGCCCAGCCGCCCGAUGCUGAUAAUGGUCACCUUCUGUACACGGACGAGGAUUGCAUGUAUCUCAACGUGUUCUCUCCCGUCGUCAACUCUGGGACGAUACAUGACGAGAGCGCGCCCAAGCUUCCGGUCAUGUUCUUCAUUCACGGGGGCGGCCUCAACACUGGAGAUAGUGGCCCGUUUCCCUACAACAUGACCACCAGCGGCUUUGUGGGCAACUCAAUCUCAAGUAUCUACGAUGGUACCAAUCUAGUCUCAUACGGAGGGGUCGUUUUAGUCACAAUCAACUACCGCCUUACUGCGUUCGGGUGGUUCAACGCCUCCAACGCUGCCCUGAAAGAUACCUUGUUAGCCCUGCAUUGGGUGCAAGACAACAUUGAAUCAUUCGGCGGUGACCCAACGAAAGUGCUGAUCUUCGGCGAAUCUGCGGGCGGUGUAAUGACCAGAUAUCUCCUGGGCACAAAUCCUAAGUACACAGAGGGUCUUUUCAGUGCUGCAAUACUCGAAUCGGAUUUCCCUCUGUUAUAUCCUUUCCUGGCUCCGACACUCGCGCUGAAUAACUCCCUAACGCUCGCAAAGUAUCUAGGAUGUGCGGUCAACUCAUCGACCUUCUUCACAGAUGAGAUGGCUCUAUGCGUUCAGAACCUCCCGGCAGGCGAUAUCGCGAUGGCCGCAUACUAUCUCGGCAUCUAUUGGGAUAUCACUGUCGAUGGCGACUACGUUUUGACAGAUAUAGCAUCAAGCAUCGAGGAUGGAGUCUACGCUCGUGUUCCGACGAUCUGGACGAGCAACGAAUGCGAGUUUUGCUACUUUAUGCCAGCGAGCAUCCCUCCGAACUCCUCGUCCUCUGUGUUCCCGGAUAGCCUGUCGCUCGUUUUCAACAGCACCCAGGCAGAGCGUAUCCUGAAUGCGACAGAUCUGUAUCCAUACCAGACUGCCUCUGCGGAGGACGGCAUCUCCGGUGCAGUCCUGACCUUCGCACGGCUCUUUACCGAUUACUUCGUCCACUGCCCAAUGGUCUAUCUCUCCUCUCUGGAGACGAACACGACCAAUCCCGGCAACUCCUACAAGGUGGAGUUCGCAACCGGCCUCGGCUCUCCGCUCACUCCCAACCCUGCGACGUGCCCUGGCCAAGUAUGCCAUGCAGACGAACUCUACUGGGUGUUUGCCACCGCAGAGACGGACAACCUAUACCAGCCGCUCACCGAGAGUCAGGUGGUGACGACGCGAGAGGUGAUCAAUCGGUGGACAUCGCUUGCAUGGACGGGCAAUCCGAAUUACGAAGGUGCUGAAGUGGAGUGGACAUCAUACGUAGGCGACAAUGAGAUCGUCAUCAAUGCGACGGCGAUGGAGACGUCAGAGGCAUACAGGGUGGCGCAGUGCGACUUCGUUCAAAGCCAGUUGGGCUUUUUCUUCGGGAGCCCGUGA